AUGCUCAUGCCCAGGAUCUGUGCUUGGUUUCUGCCUGCUUCGGGAGCCCCUUCAGCGGUGGAAAUCCUAGGAUCGAUGCUAUCCCUGUGGUACAGUAGCCUACUCGCUGCCGAGCCCUCCGACGUUCGUUAUGGCGUCACAGUCGAGAGGCGAGUUGGAUCGACUUGCAAGUAUGCUCGACUUCACGGUAUUUCAAAGCUGGAGUUCCUAGAAAUCCAAUCGUUUCACGACUUCUACCCAGCCACGUGGAGACCAUUCCGACUAGCAUAUUGGUUCAGAAUGCGGCUUACCUGGAUGUUCAACAUGUUCAACACCACAGCAGCGGGACUGGACGGAGAUCUACUGGAAUCUAAUGCAACCAAGUGUUCACUAGCGUACCCACUUUGA